CUUCUCAUCUCCUUGUUGCAGAUGAGAAGCUGUAAGGCACCUUCCAAGGGAUGAAGAUGAACCUUUCAAUGACUGAGCUAUCUGUUCCAGACAGCCUCCACACCUUACUUGAGGGUGUGACCGCAGCGGCCAUAAAACACAAACCGGUAGACACUGCAGAGUUUGUAGCUCUCUAUUUCCAAGACUUCAUUGCCUUUCAUAGAGGUUUGUUCCUACCAAUCCUUACCUGGAGAGGACGAGCUAUUUGGGUGCAGUUUAAUUUGUCCAGUUUAAUUUGUUCUUCUAUUUCAGACAAUCUAAAUUUGGACUUAGAGGAAGUGGUGAAAAAAUUUGAUUUCAAGUACGAAAAUCCGACUGAGGAACUAGUAAGGAAGGCAUUGUGCCACAGACACACUUCACUUUCUAAUGAGCCCCAGAAAAAGGAAGUGUCUACUGAUACAGAGGAAGAUCAGCUUCUUGAAGACCUUGCUAUCAAGUACAGCUCCAAAGUAAUUCAGUGCCCAUCAGCUGUCAGUUCUAUUGCAGAAAACAAACCCUCCCCUGGACCUGACGGAGCUUCAUCCCCUGAGGGCCCUGAACUUGCUUAUGUGCCUGCUGAUCCCGAACAGCUCGCCGCCCACGUGCUAGCCAUGGCAUCAAGGGAAGCCGGACAGCCACCACCAUAUUCUAAUGUGUGGACCCUCUAUUGCCUAACUGACUUGAGGCAAGGUCAAAAACCACCAUCCCCUGGCCAGCUGCCACAAGUGUCUGCUCCAAUUUACGCGAUGCGAGAAGAAAACAAGAAGGGAGACACUCCACCUUUCAUUUUAGUGGGCUCUACCAUUCAGACGGGGUGGGACUGGCAGUCUCUUCCUAGCCAUGCUGUCUUUGCACGACAAGGGGCAGGUGCCAGGAGACUCACAGUAGUCCCUGUCCCUGUAGCCAGGCCAGCUGAUGAGGAAGCAGACAGGCCAGGUGUGCCAGAUUUUAUCUCGGUUGCCAUCCCCCUGGAUAAUGUGAUGUCUGCCAAGCAAGGCUGACCAGCUGGCGACACGCAUGCAGGUAUAAACAUCCUUGCAGAGGGUUACAGGGGAGAUGCUGGGGUUUGGCUUUUGCUACUGACAAGUAUAAUUCAACACAUCUUUAAAUAUAAUUUG